UAGAGGUUAGAGGGAGAGGGGUUUUCUUUGCACCCUUCAAAAUCGGAAGCUUCUACCUUUAUUACAAAUUCUUCUUCUUCUUCCAUAUACAAUUCAAACCCUUCCCACCGCAGUUUCGAUGUAACAUCGUAUAAAUUCUAAGCACAGCCAACUCUGCGAGAAGAAGAUACACAGUGAUAUUUGAUUUCGAGUUUCUGGGUUCCGUAAAAUAUGGAAGCUCGUGUGGGGAUGGUUGUCGAAGGGGGACAGAGAGCCCUUAACACCGCCCAAGGGGCCACCGUUGAUGGCGGCGGCGCCGCCACCACCACCACCACCAAAUUAUUGUCGCAAAACAGCCAGCACCAGCACCAGCUUGGAACAGUGCAUCAGCUUCUCGCUGGUGGCAUCGCCGGUGCUUUUAGCAAGACUUGCACCGCACCCCUUGCGCGCCUCACUAUUCUUUUUCAGGUGCAAGGAAUGCAUUCUGAUGUGGCAACAUUGAGCAAGCCAAGCAUUUGGUUUGAGGCUUCACGUAUUGUGAAAGAAGAAGGAUUUAGAGCAUUUUGGAAAGGCAAUUUGGUGACUAUUGCUCACCGUCUCCCAUAUUCUGCCGUCAGCUUCUAUGCCUUUGAACGCUAUAAGAAUCUGUUACAUUCACUGGUGGGGGAGAAUUCUAGAGGUAAUGCAACUGCAGACCUCUUUGUGCACUUUGUGGGUGGUGGUUUGGCAGGUAUAACAGCUGCUUCUGCCACAUAUCCUUUGGAUCUUGUGAGAACACGACUUGCGGCACAGAGAAGUACCAUAUACUACAGGGGUAUCUCACAUGCUUUCAGUACCAUCUGUAGAGAAGAAGGUUUCUUGGGUCUGUAUAAGGGACUUGGAGCGACAUUGUUGGGCGUUGGGCCCAGUAUAGCUAUAAGUUUUUCAGUUUAUGAAUCAUUACGUUCUUCAUGGCAGUCAAAAAGGCCUGAUGAUCCUACUGCCAUGGUUAGUCUUGCCUGUGGCAGUCUUUCAGGAAUUGCAUCAUCAACAGCAACAUUUCCUUUGGAUCUUGUAAGGCGCAGGAUGCAGUUAGAGGGUGUCGGUGGUCGAGCUCGUGUCUAUAACACUGGCUUGUUUGGGACAUUUGGGCGUAUAAUUCAGAAUGAAGGGGUACGUGGUUUGUAUAGAGGCAUUCUGCCCGAGUACUACAAGGUUGUUCCUAGUGUGGGCAUUGUCUUCAUGACAUACGAGAUGCUGAAGAUUCUUCUAUCUCCAAGUUAGUAGCAUACUCAAUUGCCAAACGUCCAUCAUUAUAAUGCUCAUAGUUUAAUUUUUUUGAAGAAUACAAUUUCAGGAGAAUUUGAUCUCUUAGAAAAUGAGAUGCUAGAACAUAUCUUCUACGAAGUUUUGUUGAGGUGAAUUUUGCUGUCAUUGCCAACACAUUUAUCUGUGUAUAGGUAGUUGUAACUUGAGUGACACCAAUUGUACCCACGUCGAAAUUUAGGUUGAAACUAUUUUAUAGUUGAUGAUUAUAUCAACAAAGCAGUUUUGUUGUGAUGGCGCAAUUUCUUUUUUGGUACUAUUUAGAGAACAUGUGGAAGACUUGUUACAAA